ACAUACGACAACAAUUUAUUUGACAUUUAGCACAUCUGUUGAGUUCGGUCCUAGUGCAAUGAGUGCUACAAAACUUGUAAAAAAUAAACAAAAGCCAAAAGUAAAAACAAUUCUUGCAAAUCCUUAUAAAAUUGUUUGUCCGACAUUAACAGACGAUGAUUUUAACUGCUUCCGAAAACUGUUAAGUGAUGUCGUUCGAAAAAGUGAGAAGCAACCUCUUGAAUACGCCACCGAAGUGCACAUAAAAAUUGGCCUAGAAAGCAGUCUGCGUGCUAUCAACAACAAACAAUGCUCAUGUGUAUUAAUAUCACAUAGCAUUAAGCCGCGAUAUCUUAUCGGUCUUAUAACAAGAAAUGUAGAGGUGCAUAACGAUACAGCGCCGGUAUUUGUGCAAGUUCAAUUGGAAGAAUUUAUUUUGGAUUUAUUUGGAAUUAAAGCACUUUCUUUGGUUUUGCCCAAAGAUAUAAGAGAAGUUUGUGAAAAACUAGGAAGUUGGAUAAAUGCGCAUAAAAGGCUAAGAAAAGUAAAGACGAUAGAAGAACCUAAACUAAUAAAGAAAGUUAGAUCUAAAAAUAACUCCAACGUCCACAUAAACUCUAAAGAAUCUAUAUCACAAAUUGAUAUUACACCAGUUUCUAUGGAAGUACAGCAAACUCAAAAUACUUUGAGUGAAGAUUUUAUUUCUUUAUCAAAUCCAAAAGCUAAUUUCAAAUUUGAUAAGUUAGAAUUAAAUGAGGAUAAAGACAAUCUUGCAAACGCUUUAAGUAAAAUUGCACAUAUCAAAGAUCACUCAACAGCCGCUGCAGAUUUGAAAAAUGAUGCAAGUGAGACUGAAAGAAGCAGUGGCAGUUUCAGUACCAGCAGCAGCAGCACUAGCACCAACACUUUCAGCAGCAGUGAACUUGAAUCAGAAGUUGACGAAUUUUUAGGCAAUUAUCAACCACUUACCGUGCACAAAAUAAUUCCGAAUCCAAAAAGAUUAAAUAAAAAGAAACUUAAAAAGAAC